AUGACCGCUCACAAGGCACAGGGACUUUCGCUGCCCCACCUCGUCAUAGACCUGCAUGGGACAAGAGGCACGGAGGCUCCCUAUGUCAUGGUUUCAAGAGCGACUUCGCUCGAAGGCCUUAUGAUUCUACGCGACUUCCCGAAAUCGAAGAUACGCUGCCACCCAUCUCAAGAGGUGCGACAAGAGAUGCAACGCUUGGAAAGCCUACGCCUGCAAACGACAAUG